AUGGGAAUGGUCUCCAUGCUCACUUCUAUUGCAAGAAGGCUCGGAGGCAAGGUCGCACUGAUCACAGGCGCCAGUGGCAUUGGUGAGGCCACUGCCAAGCUCUUCAUAUGCCACGGUGCCUAUGUCAUGAUCGUCGAUGUCCAGGAUGACAAGGGCCGAGCCCUAUGUGAAUCCCUUGGCUCUUUUGUUGCCUACUAUAUCCAUUGCGAUGUGACCGAUGAGUCUCGCAUUCAAGAUACCUUCGAUGCCACUAUCUCCCGCCAUGGCAAGCUCGAUAUCAUGUUUAACAAUGCCGGCAUCAUCAGCUCGCCCUGCAUGCAGAUACUGAAAUCCGAGAAGGCUGAUUUCGAAAGGGUGGUGGGGAUUAAUCUGGUGGGAAGCUACCUUGGGACGAAGCAUGCCGCACGUGUCAUGAUCCCGGCAUGCCGGGGAAGCAUCGUGAUGACAGCGCGCGUGGCGUCGGUGGAGCCCGCGAUGAUGCCGGUGGCGUACACAUGCUCGAAGCAUGCAGUGCUGGGGUUGAUGAGGAGUGCGGCGGUGGAGCUCGGGCAGUUCGGUGUGCGGGUGAACUGCAUGUCGCUGUAUGCAUUGGCGACGUCGCUGGCGGCGACGGCGUUCAGCAUGGGAGGGGAGGAGCAGGAAGAAUUCAUGCACGAGCAUGCUAUCCUCAAGGGGGUGAGGCUUAAGGUGGAGGAUAUAGCAGAGGCAGUGCUGUUUCUGGGCAGCGAGGAGGCCAAAUAUGUGAGUGGACUCAACCUAUUGGUGGAUGGAGGAUUUACGAUUACUAAUCCCUCGCAUGGUUUGUUUAGGUACUCGGAUGUGUGAGGAAACUGU